UACUGUAGAAGAUAAGAUCUCCACCAGCUACGUACGUACUGUACAGUACUGUAAGUUAUUUUGUUCGAAUUGAUGCCAAUGAUUCACCUGUUGGGGUUCGUACUCAUACUCGUACGUACCGGUAGAAUUGUUCGAAGACGAUGAAAUGAAGCACAACCGUAGAUCCUUGUUAUCGAAAAGAGAAACAGCGAUCUCAGUCUAAACGUUUGUUCGCAAACCGAGGCGAUGUUAGCCUCGAGAGCAUCGGCAUCAUUUCAUUCUCAAGUCGUGGUUAUUGGAGCUGGGGUUUUUGGUCUUGCUGUGACACGAGCGCUAGCAAAGGCGGGGAAGGAAGUUUUGCUCCUAGAGAAAGCCUCUCAUAUAUGCACGGAAACCUCUUCACGCAAUUCUGAGGUGAUCCAUGCGGUAAGUCGAACCUAGUAUCACAAUUUUGUUUCUUCUUGUUGGCAACAUUGCGCUUGGCCACUCCUGGAAGAAAUCGAUUUUUCUCAUGAAGUUCGAAAUCGAAUUUCCUUGCAUUUGGUUCUGCCGUGUUCAUAGGGACUUUACUACCCCCCGGAUUCAGCAAAGGCAAAAUUCUGUGUAGAAGGAAAACAAUCAUUGUAUCAGUACUGUGAGGAACGCGGGAUUGCCCAUCGAAGAUGUGGGAAACUUGUUGUAGCGACAAGCAAACGCCAGUUGGCUGAGGAGCUUCCAUUUUUGCGCGACCAGGCUUUUCGAAACGAUGUCACCGACAUUCGUCUGCUCUCCCGCGAAGACAUUCAAGUCCUAGAACCCGCUGUAGAAUGCUUUGGAGGGCUAUUUUCGCCCUCUACCGGCGUGUUAGAUUCCCAUUCGUUUUACACUAAUUUGUUGGCCGACUGUGAGGACGGUGGUGCAACCGUCGUGUUGCAUUCCGAGGUGAACGGUGCCGAUCUUGUCGAUGGCAAGCUUUGUUUGAGUGCAGACGGCGCUUUGUUGAGCGCGGAUACGAUUGUCAACUGCACUGGAUUGCACGCGUACGAGGUUGCGUCGAAACUCCACCGCCGCGAAAGCGAGCACGAUCCACCAACGCCGCCGGCUUGCCCUUGGCAACCACCAAGGCACUUUUUCGCAAAAGGAACGUAUUUCCGGCUGGACGGAACGUCGCCCUUUCGCCACCUAAUAUAUCCUGUGCCAGAACCUGGUGGCCUCGGCAUUCACGCCACUAUAGACUGGAGUGGAACCGGGACCAAGUUUGGCCCGGACGUCGAAUGGCUCGAUUCUGACACUCGUCCGGGCGAUAUCAAUUACGACCCCGAUCCAGCUGCCGUCGAUAAAUUUGCCGUAGCGAUAGAAAAAUAUUAUCCCGAGCUUCCCCGCGAAAGACUCCAGCCAGACUAUGUUGGUGCGUAACAUUUCUACAGAUGCGCAGUGGAACACAACGAAGUAUCGACAACUUUUGGAUUUCUUUUCAUCUUUUUUUUUAAACAAAAACACUCACUGCUUUCUCAUUUCCAUCACCGUGUCGCUCCGAAAUGUUUUCCCAAAGGAGUGCGGCCUAAGUUAAGACACCCAUCAAUAGUACCAAUUUCGACGUGUACUCCAUCGACACCAUCUAAAAACGUCGCAUUUGAUGACUUUUUGAUCGUCGAGAAAACCGUUGCCAAAUCUCAAAUCUUUCAUUUAUUUGGUAUCGAGAGUCCCGGCUUAACAAGUAGCUUGGGCAUUGCCGACUAUGUAAAGCGAGCAAUUGGUUGAUGUCAGCGAUCAAACAGAACCAGUCUAUUGGGCUGGUUCAUCGACGUCUGGCCCCUGCGACGUUUAUAGAUAUGCUUGUGUUUGGAAAUACUUGAUGGGUAACGUUUAUGGACAUACUAAAACAACAAUGACCCACGGUGUACUGGCUAGUAACUAGGAAACGGUAGAUUGUUUGGACCGGAUUCAGAAUGAAUUACGCCACUAUGGAUUCGGGCACCACAACCCGUAUUGUACAAGUAGACCCAUUCAAAAUUAAUAUUCGAAGAUUGC